AUCAGCUCGACUGGACCUCUACCGGUCGUCAGUCGCUGGAACACGUCCAAUCGUUUCGGACCCGGCAGGCUGUGAUUCUUCUUUUUUCGCUGUUGAAUUUCAGUGUGUUUUUUUUUUCUUAAACCCUAACCCAAGCUAGUUCGACGUCACACGAUGGGUAAAUUAGUGUGGCAAAUUGUGGUGCUGUGUUCCAUCGCUUGUCUUAAGCCUUCGGUCGCCCAGUAUCUUUCCAGCUGUCAAACGCCGGACGGUGACCGGGGUACCUGUGUGCUGGUGCGCGAAUGUCCCUUUGCCCGGGCGGUGCUGAUGAAGCAGAAACACUCGAACAAUGACAUCCGGUACAUUGAGGCGAUACGGUGCGGGAUGCUCGAGACGAAGGCGCUCGUGUGCUGCAACGCACCGAACAUCACGCAAACGGACAAACCGGUUGAGGCGGAAACGAUUGCCGAACUGGUCGAAAAUCGGUUCAGCACACCGGAGGAAAAAAGGGGCCUGCUGCCGGUGGAGUGCGGUGUCGAUCGGUAUCGUGGACCGGUACGCGGCGAGCAGGCAGGACUGUUCGAUUUUCCGUGGAACGUCCUGAUUCAGCAUCGCACCAAAGAUGGCGAGAAUCGGUUCCAUUGCGGCGGAUCACUGAUUAGCGAUCGAUACGUACUGACAGCUGCUCGGUGCAUUAUGGGCAUCAAAAAAACCUGGACAGUCGUAUCCGUCCGGGUGGGUGAAUGGAAUUUGCAAACCAAUCCCGACUGUACCUCGGCGACCGUUGACACUGAAUGUGCUGCCCCCGUUCAGGAUAUUGCGAUCGAAAAAAUCAUCAUUCCCACCAACUACACCGGAACCGACUCACCCGCAGUGAAGCAAGACAUUGCCCUGCUACGACUGGCACGUAAGCUAGAAUUCAACGAAUCAGUUGCUCCGAUUUGUUUACCACUCGAUACGACGGCGUGGACCAGCUACAGCACCGAGAGUGGCCAGUUUUAUGAGAGCGGUUGGGGAAAAACGCCCGACGCCGUCGCUGGUGAUAACAAAUGGAAUUACGCCUCGGUCGGUGUUUCGCGGGACGUUUGCCUUGCACAGUAUCCACACGCCAACGUGGACGAGGAACAGAUUUGUGCGACACCACAGCGGUUGGAGGACACGUGCAGGGGAGACACGGGUGGACCGCUGAUGUAUUCUCAUACGGAUCGUGCCUGGUAUCUGGUGGGCGUCGGCAGCUUCCACAAGCAGUGUGCCAUCCGUGGUGAGCCGGCCGUCUACACGAAUGUGGCCAGCUUUACCGAUUGGAUUAUUGACAAUCUGGAACCGUAGGAAUGGGGAGCUUUAUUGGUGCGUGAGUAAGGCGCACAGGUUUUCCCCCAUUUUCUAAUUGACUUAAUUAACUAUGUACAAUCGAGCUGUGUCAACGUUAUGAACAAGGUAUACAGAAUAAAGGUGAAGAGAAGCAAGACAUA